AUGGGAGAACGCAUGGAGAGGCUGGUGAUCCUUCCCUUCUCCAUCGGCUGCGUCUCCCGAACCAGCGUUGACGUGGGCAGCAGCAGGCAGGCGAAGAAGAGCGCAUGCAGAGGUAUCGCCUCCCUCCUCCUCUCACGGCAGUCGUUGACUGAGAAUUAUGCUUCUCUAAUUCCGGCCUCCUUUCCAUGGCGAAGGCGAAGACGAGGGAGAAGGAGGAGAGAGACUCGCCGGAGGGAAGCCAAGGGCCCCCUUCACCUUCUCUGCGGGGAUCCAGCGGCUGAUGAAGCUCAUCAAGGCCUUUCCUCAACUGUUCGAUUCGUUCAGGGAGGAGGAAGACGAGGAGGGCAAGGAGAUGGAGAUCGGCUUCCCCACCGACGUGAAGCAUGUGGCCCACAUCGGCCCCGGCGGCGGCGCCAUGGGCUGGGAGACGUUCGCCGGCGGGAUUCAGCCGCUCUCCGCCCUCUCCGUCCAGCAAUUCGAGCUGACCAUGGCGGCGCAGGCCGAGGCGCCGCCGUCGCGGGUAGCCUGA